UAAACCGUCACUCUACUCUAUUGUUGAUACAUUUCUCUUUCUUCCUCUUGUAAUCAUAUCAGUUGUUUGUUGGUGUUUUCGCACGUUGAAUCUCAAGUGCCCUUGCCUUUGAGCCCAAGCCAAAGGGGCCCCUUUGCCAUCAUGCCUGAAACCCCUGAAAACUAUUGCCUGCUCCAAGGCUUUGAAUGGAAUGUUCCCGCCGACCAGAAACAUUGGCAACGUCUCCAAAAUGUCCUCCCAGACCUGAAAAAGAUUGGCAUUGACAAUGUCUGGCUCCCGCCUGCUUGCAAAGGAUCUGGAGGCUCAAAUGCCAACGGCUAUGAUAUCUACGAUUUAUAUGACUUGGGAGAAUUCGACCAAAAGGGCUCGAGAAGCACCAAAUGGGGUUCAUUGGAAGAUCUGAAUAGCCUCGUCCAGAAGGCUGAAGAAGUCGGCGUUGGCCUUUAUUUCGAUGCCGUGCUCAACCAUAAAGCAGGCGCUGACAAUAAGGAAAAGUGUCGCGUCAUUGAAGUCAACCAGGAUGACCGCACCAAAGAAAUUGGGGAGCCCUUUGAGAUUGAAGCCUGGCUAGGGUUUGACUUCCCCGGGCGAGGGGAUCAAUACAGUUCACAGAAAUACCACUGGGAACACUUCUCUGGGACCGACUACGACGCGGGAAAUGACAAGACUGGAAUUUAUCGAAUCCUUGGGGACCACAAGUACUGGUCGUCGUCUGUCGGAGACGAGAGUGGCAACGCCGAUUUCCUCAUGUUCGCCGACAUAGACUAUUCGCACCCAGAAGUCAUCAACGAUGUGAUCCACUGGGGAGAGUGGGUGGUGAAGAAGUUGAAGCUGCGCGGAUUUCGCUUCGACGCCUGUCAGCACUUUUCUGAACGCUUCACCAACGAGUUUGUAUCACACCUGGAGAAGGUGUUUGGGGCCAGGAAACUGUUCCUAGUAGGCGAGUUCUGGUCCGGGGACGUUGGUGAGAUGCUCGAGUACCUGGAAGGAAUGGAGCACAAGUUCUCGCUGUAUGACUCGCCGUUACUCAACAACUUCUCGCGUCUCUCGACCACGGAGAACGCCGACCUUCGCACCGUCUUCGAUGGCUCCCUCGUCCAAGCCAGACCCGAAUCCGCUGUCACAGUCGUUAUGAAUCACGAUACCCAACCGGGCCAGACCGUCGCCACCCCAAUCGAGGGCUUCUUCAAACCGAUCGCUUACGCCCUAAUCCUCCUCCGCUCCCAGGGGUACCCCUCCAUCUUUUACGGAGACCUGUAUGGGAUGCGUGGCGACACACCCGAACCACCAUCAUGCGGCGAUAAAUUGCCCCAUCUGGUCCUGGCCCGCAAACUGUUUGCCUAUGGCGACCAAGACGACUAUUUUGACGGCGACGACGAUUCCUCACCACAGACAUGUCUAGGUUUCGUUCGACGAGGCACUCCCGACCGGAAAGACGGAUGCGCCGUCGUGCUGAGCAAUGCUGGCCCUGGCCAGAAACGCAUGUUUGUCGGCGAGAUGCACGCUGGCGAAAUUUGGACCGACGUACUGGGCUGGCAAGGCGACGAGGUCGAGAUUGGGUCCGAUGGUUUCGGCACGUUUAUGUGUUCCGCCACCAGUGUGAGCGUCUGGGUCAAUCGUGAUGCAGAGCGGAGAAAAGAGAUUGAUGAUUUGUCGUUCGAUUCGGAUAUCUAUGCCAAAGCUUAAUCUUGUGGGCUGAUAGACUUGUAGAGUAGAUCUAGAUUCAUUCAUCAUGUAGAUGGGACUUGAUAUAGCAAGGACAGUAUUCUUGGGGUGGACUGGACAAGAUUCAAGGCAAACGAUUUGGGUAUUUCCAUCUCGAUAUAAAUUUCGUAUCCAUUACUUUACUUCCUGUAACGAAUAUAAUACUAUAACAGAAG